AUGGCGGCGGCACAGUCAGGCAACAGUAUCACCAAAGUUUUAGAGAGUAUCUGUCGCGAGAGAAGAAGAGAGAAUCUCGAUAAAGAAAGUGAAGGUAAAUUCAAGGCCUGGAGACCAACACGGGCAUUUUUUAAGGACGGCCAAUCCCUGAAUUUUGCUAAUUCGAUUCGAGCAAUCUGUCAACUGAAUUGACGACUAGGUCAUAUGAAAGUAAUGUGUGUGAAUGUGGGUAUGAUUGAUCCGAAGUGUUAUUAGUUAAUACAGCUGUCUUAUUCUUUGCGAUUACAUGGUGUUUCUUACUUAAAAUGAAAAGAGAAUAUGUAGAUUUUCGCAUGCAAAAAAGCGAGCUAUUAGCAAAAUUUGAUUAGUAACUGAAUUAAAAUUGAAGGCUGUCGAGGGAUCGAUGGAGCAACUUUGAAAACAAUUAAAUUUUUACAAGAAAGAUUAUGAAAGGUGCAAGUAAACUUAAUAAUCCAACACCCUGGGUAUUCUUUUAAGUGCUCAGUCGGCACCAGAAGUACAGCUGUAAAUACAUAUUAGACAUUGAGUUUUACCUUUUCUUUCUUCAGUUUGAAGAACAGCUCUUGCAUGCUAAGUGUACAUGCAGGGUCUUGAUCAUGAAUAUUAUUGUUAAAGGUCCCAACCCUUUUUGUGCCAUUUAAGUGUGGGAAAUACAGAAGUGCUGUCUUAUAGGUCCUUCGCAGCUAGCCCAUUUGUGUGGUAUAAAACCACCAUGCUGGAGAGCAGGAGAGAUCAGAGGAGACAAACAAAGGAAAUUAACAUUUUGAAUGAUGUACGCCCUUUUGUUUGUUUUGUCCCAGGGUGUUCCUUGCUCUCCAGUAUAGCAGUUUUGCACCACUUGAAUGACUAGCUGUAAAGUGCCCAUUUGGAAAAACCUUUCUGGCCAGUGUGUCUCCACUGUAUUAAACAAUCUAUUUUAGAUGCCCAAAAAUUUUGGAACACCCCCUUUUUUUUUUGGUUAGCGGCAUACCACGUCUCCACUGCAUGUAGCUACAGGGUCAUCAGUUUCACUACCGUCAUGUGCUACCCUCUUAAAAUAAAGUAUAUUAAGUGAUUGAUUUAUUGAUUGAGCUAGCUCACCUUCACUGUCAUAGCAUGACAGGAUCCAAAAAUUUUUCGAAUUUUUUACAAAAUCAAUAACAUUCAUUGUUUGUCCAACCUAAAACAGGCAAAAUUAAAUGUUUCCAAACAUUUUGGUUUAAUGUAUCUUAAUGUUUGCUUAAUGGAGGAGGAGGCAUGGUGUAAUCUUAAACCAGAGUUGAAGUUGCCAUCUUCUGCUCUGUUCAAUAUUCUCUUUCUAUGGCUUUCUAUCCCUUUGGUCAGCCUCUCCCCGGCUGGGAUUGCUUAGACUGUUCAUAUGGUUUAGUGUAAAUAACAAUGCUAGUUUCAUGUGUGGCCAUGAUGUCCUUACUUUACAGUGUCAUCCUUAUUUUGAAAUGUACUGAUACCCAAACACAUUAAAGGAUUUACUGAUAAUUUAUCUAUAUUUUUGUGAUGCUUUUUAUAGAGGGUUUUAUUGUACUGGCAAUUGAAUCAUUCUGGACCAGGCUGUUCUCUCAGUACUUCAUUUGUAGUGAUGAUGAAACAAGGGAUGACCUCCUAUUCUAUGUAAAAGGGAAGAGUGCAAAUAAAGAUGGAAAAGUUACUAAAGAUGCAGAGGUAAACUCCUUGGCACUUGCUAGUUUUGGUUAAAAAUUUACAACUACAGUACUGUAUAGAGGGCUUUUAAUGUUAAACAUUGAUACAGCUUUGCAUCAUCAGAAGGCUCUCGUUACAUAGAAGAAUCUGGAUAUUUCUAUUACAGAUUAAUAAAUGAAGAACAAGCUUGAACCCUGAGCUCAUGUGCAGCCCACUGAGGGCAUGUAUUCAAGGGGCUAAUUUUUCAAUUUUUGUCAUGCAAAUGUCAGUCAUAACAAUGAAAUAAUAUUAUUGUCUUUCUCUUUAUGAAACAUUUUGUUGGAACUGUGCAAUUGCAUAAUUAACCCAUUAACUGCCUGUGUGACAUACUGAGUAUGUCAUAUAAUUUGUGUUUCAUAUGCCAGUGUCAUGUACUUAGUACAUAAAAAACUGGAUAGCCACAGAGGAAACCCUUGAAUGUUUUGGGCUCUCAGACCGAAGCAAUUUAGGACGAAAAACCGUCGGUCCCAUCUCACAGCACUUUCACUGAUUUGUUCUUGUGGGACGUAAAUGAACCUACAUCGCUAUUCAAAAAGAGUAGGGGUUGUAGACCCCGGUGGUGUGGCCAACCUUUACGGGUUUUGGGAUUGGGCAUGGAUGGCACCUUGCAUGGGACCUAUGAGUCCUGUUCGUGCACAUUCUCUCUGGGCAGGCCUGUGUCCAGAAAAGCUGGUAAAUAAAUAAAUAAAUAAACUACUAGUAGUAGUCAGCGUUAGGACUCAGUUUAGGGUAAUCUGCCAUGUCUGAGGACAUUAGUAAGGCGGAAGGUAGCAAGGAGGUUAAUCUAGAGGACUUUCAAGUCUGCAGCUAAAACUGGUCACUUGCAGUAAUGGUUUUUGUUACAUGUAGAAAGAAUGCAAUGGGGCUUUCUCAAUGCAGUCUUAAGCAGAUCAAGCUGCCUGGUUACAAAAAUGCCUGUUUCAACGGUAAUUGCCCCAUUCCAAUAACUAUCUUCACUGAAUGGUCAUAUGUGUAUGACUUAAAAGUUGACAUAAUCACCCAGUUCGCUUAAGGAUAACAACAACAACAACAACAACAGAGGAAGGAAGCUUGAAAGCUAUGCACCAAAGCAUUCCUCCUCAGACCACCACAUUCUUCCCCCCAGGGCUAUUUAAUUUCGUCUUCCCUUCUUAUUUUAUGAAAUUACUAAAAGUAGAUACAUAAUGAAGUGUGAUUUAAACUGAAUAAUAAGAAAGUAACUCUGCUUUUUUUCACCUAAAGUCUAAAAUUGCAGUGUUCAGAAAAGACUCCAAAGUUGUUCCAAGGUGAGUGUCAUUUUCUUCAUUCUUUUCCUGUUUUUGCUUCCCAGCAAGCUUAAAUACAACCCUAACCUUCUGGUAUUCAAUAACAAAUCUGACACAAUGUAAAUCGUAUUAAUAGUUUGGCCUGUACCUUUUGUACUUUUUCUUUUGUGUGCGAACAUGUUUUAGUUAGCAAGUCUAUCAGAGAAUUGUUUCAGACAACUUAUGUUAGGUUUUUUUCUUUAGUAUUAUCAUUGAAUUGUUUUGUUUUAGUCUGGGUGAUCCAAGCAUUGACUGGGAGGAGUCUGUUUAUCUCAACUUAAUUUUACAUCAAGUAAGUUCCACUAAUAACUGCACAGGAGAUCCAUACUCUGUUUUGGGGUUACUUACUCUAUUCAGAUGUUGAAAUUCAAACUUCUUUAUGGGUUUACAUAUAACUUUCAUCAAUACUGUUGUAAACUGAGUCUGAGGUAACCCUGCAACUAACAACUGUGUUGAUUUGGGACGGUAUGUACAUGUGGCUGGGAUAUUCAGCUGCUUCCACUUUGUCACCGGCAGCCCCUACAUAGAGUCACACCCUCAAGGCUUGUAAAUCUACACCUCCCGGCCAUGAUAUCCACUCCUACCCACUAAAAGAACCAGGCAGUAUCACACAGUGACUAAUCGGUGGAAAAAGUAUUCAAGAUCCAAAAGCUGAACAAAGCCCAGUGGCUAUUAGGAAGUGCUUUAACAAGCACAUGGUGUCUAUGCAAGCAAGGCUGGCUGCAUUUGUGCUACCAAAUUGACUGAUGAGAAACAACAUGAGAUGCAGCUCUUUGUUUCUUGUUGUUAACUACAUUAAGUUUUAUUUAACGCCAUAAUACACAUAAUACACUGCAAGCAGUGGUUUCUGGUUGGAUGCUACACUUUUAAGGGAGAGAAACCACUGUAAGCAACUGUUUGCCUCUUUGAUCAUCCGCCAUCCAGCGCCAUGGACGAAUAAAUUAACUUUGAUCAAGUCAAGCCUGUUUAAAAACAAGUUAAGGCUCUCGCACAUUUGCUUGUGCUUAUAACUGCUGCCUUAACAAGAGCCAGCUGUGAAUUUGCUUAAGAAUGCAAUGCAGUCCUCACAACCAACCCUGGGAACAAGGUCACCAUUUUGUGUGUCGUCGACAGUCCAUAAUUUGCUUGGUUGCCUCAACCGCAUCAGUCACUGACGUCAGUAAAAAUAAGGAGAUAAUAACAAACCUCCAGCAUUAGCUGAUUAACAUGAAAAUUUAAUAGUCGAUGUCCCAGUGGAUCAAAGCCAAUCAGAGAUGGAAUGCAAAAACAGUUCAACCGGUACUUUGUUGACUGUAGGUGAACCAAAGUGGAGUUGAAUUCUUAGGAACCACAUCCAGGCUCACAAAGAGAAAUAAGAUUUUGAUGUUGCUUGUUUACGUUCUCCAUAAAAUGCAUAAUUAGGCAUUUUCACGUCGUAGUUCCACAAAAAUGGCAAAGAAAUGUACCAAAAAAGUGUGGUGUGAGUGCAAAGUUGUUGUGUUUCUUAUUAAACCUAUAGGGUUUUUUUGACAUUCUCAUUGCUGUUAUGUCACUGGAUCUAAAAGUCCCCUAGUGUUACUCACAAAACAAGAGAAAGUGAUGUCAUUAGGCGUUUUGACAUAGGUGUCACAUGCAAGCUCAUAGUUGAUGGGAAAGGGAACUUUUGCUCGCAGUGCCAGUGUUCCAGUUAAUUCUAUCGAGCAAAGGGUCAUGAAGAUGAUAUGAGGGGUCAUCAAGACUACGUGCUAAUUAUUUUUCACGAUAUUUAACUUAAUACUUAUAUGUCGUUUGUUGGGUCAAGAAGCCUUUUUUGUCGGGUCAUUGACCUGAGACCCUUCUCUUAUCUGGAACACUGAGUGACUUCUCUCUCUUUGUAGCGUAGCGUCUGGCUUGGAGAAGCCACUGCUCACCGGGUAAAUAUACAUGGCUUAAACAGUUCAUAACCACUGGUAUCAAUCAGGACUAUUAGUGUAACCUCAUACAUUUUCAUCAAAUUGUGGGACCAUCAUAUGAAGUAUGUGCUCUAAUGUUAUUCUGUUUUUUUCCUCAGUUUGAAUAUACUCUGACAUGUGCAGUUUGCACAAAACCUCAAGAGAAAGAGAUGAGAGUUUUGGGCAGAAUAUCACAGGUCAGUAUAAUUUGCUAAUAUCUGAGGAUUGAAACUAAUGCUGGUAUCACAAAAUCUGAUGUCUUUCAAAAAGUACCUUAUCCCUCCUAAAAAUAAACUAUUGUAAGCAACCUUUAGAAAAUAGGUGAAAUAGGUGUUUGCAACUACAGCUGGCCAUUUGCAAGAAUGGGCUCUCGUAAGCCACUAUAUGAUUGGGGAGUGUCAUCAUUUUUUGAGUGCUUUAAGCAGAAAGAUUGGAAUCGUUGUUGGUUACCAAUGACAUUGCAAACUUGUUUAACCAUAGUUAUUAGAUAUAAUGAAUUUUCUAUUUUCUACUGUAUUAAGUCCAAACCAAUGUACUUAGAUUUUUAGCAUUUUAUACAGUAUGUAUAUGGGUAAUGUGAUGCUAUUAAUAUUAUUGUGCUAAAAAUUGUAUCUUCACAGAAAGUGUAUGCGUCACCAAACAGACGGAGGUUAGCGUACAACUUAAUGUGGUCACAAUUAUUUUUUUGUUAACAGCUUGUAACCAGUAUGUUUAUGGAGUUGUGUAUUAAGUCAAUCAUGACUGCCAAAAUAAUUUCACAAUUUUUUAAAUUAAUGAGUUCUUUGGUUUUCAUGUGUUAUUUCUCAAAAUACUUUAGCUAGUUAUUUUCAUUAUCUUGAAUAAUAUGUCAAAUAAAGUGUAGGAUACAAAGGAAACUGAGUAUUAACAUAAAUUUAUUUUGACCUACAUCAUAAUCAAAUGACAAUUGGGUAGUUGUGAAUUUCUUUUUUUAAAUCUCAAUUCUUUUCACUUCUUUUUCAGAAUGGACACCAAAGGGAGUUCUGCUGAAAUUUCUUAUCCAAACAUAUUUUUUAUUUUAGACAAUUUUGAAGAAGUAAGUUUUUAAACCUGUUUUAAGUAUAUUACUUACCCUCUUGAAUAGGAUUUAGGAACCUUUUUGUGCAGGAAAAAAACAGUGUAGAUAUGCUGUUUAUUUGGUUUCCUUCUGUUUAUUAUCUUCAUGUUUUCUAAAAUUUCCUUAAAUCAGAUUUGGCCUAGCUAUUUCUUCGUUUAAGUGACAGCACUAUUGAUUUAACAAGGUAAAAUUCUGAGCUAUCUUUGACUGCCAAGAACACCAGUAAGAAAAUUCUCAAUUGACACAAAGCAAAUUCAAAGGCAACUGGGAAAUUGCUCCAUGCAAACUGUCAAUAAUUGAUGACUGAUCACCAGCAUUGCUAUGGAGGGUUGCAAGGCUGCCAUCAAAAGAACAUCUGGUUUGACUUUAAUAAACUCCAAAUACUAAUUUUCACUUAGUAUGGCUUCUUCCUUUUCAGACAUUCAAAGACUUUGCACUUCAAGAGAAUGAAAUGGUGUGUGUGGAGUUAGUAGCCAAAGAUAAGGUGCGAAAAUCGCCUUUACAAUGUACGUGUCCCCACUUUUAGUUUGACACCCAAGCUGCAAGUGGACAAAAGCUUAAGAAAUUUAUGCUACUGACAAGACUAUUGCUACUAUUGUUAACUGUGUCAAUUUCCAUUUAAACAUCUUAAAUCACUCAAAUCCUUUAAUUUACAUGUAUGUCAGAGACACAUGCAUGGCACCCACAUGAGUAGAGCCUAACCUAGUUUCUGGGAAAUAUUUAAGGUGCUGUGGAGUAUCACUAUCUCCUCUCUCCUAGGAUGGGAUGCAAGUCCAUUGCACUGUUACUCCACUGUCACUGGCACCAUUAUAAAUAGGAGAUCAUAAUUAUGAAGUUUUUUUAAAAAACUGCAUAUGACCCCAGGACCCAAACCUGUACCUUUAUUUCUGACUUGCCGCUAAUUAAAGCAUCUCUUGCAUCCCUUUCUUAUACAUUCCGUCGUAUCAUUCUGUAAUUGAAAACUUUCCUGACGUGGCAGUCCCAUCUAAUGUGGCUAAAAAAAUUACCUCAUUCAAUAGUUUUAUAUAAUGGGAUGGAGUUUUUCUCUCUAUAGACUGAAUCAGUUGAAGGAGUCAUCUUCUUAGGAUCAAUAAGAUAUGAGUCACUCAAGAAGGUUUAUGAUAGUCGAGUAAGUACACUCACUCACUCACUGGAUAUAGUGUGGUGAUGUUCUCCUUGAAUGCAUUCACUUUCUUGCCAGGCUACAGUGUAUUAUUGUUACUACAUGGUGUUCAUAUUCUGAUAAAUGGAAAAAUUUUAAAUAUUAAAAUAGAGUAAUCUGUUUCAUCAAGAGAAGUUUGUAUUGUGUCCUUUAAUUUAGCCAUUGUUUUAUAGUCUGAAAGCAAUAACUAAACUUGGCCCCAGGGUAAUCACAAAGAAGGUUACAAGCAAAAGUCCUUUAAAUUUCUUAAGCAACCAGAAAAGAUUAAAAGUGGGAGUUGUGUUUGUUAUGGAAGUUGUGGAGUUUGUACUGUUUGUGGGAGUUGUACCAGUACUGUUGAUCAAGUUUUGGGAGUUGUACAUGUUAGAGGUCAAAAUUAAAUUCAGAUAAAUUUUUUAACCUUGGUUGAUUCUCAGUUUCUCUCGUCUCCUAUCCCUAAUUAAUCAUGAAUUAGGGCUAAGAGACAAAGGAAAUUGAGAAUCAACCAAGGUUAGGUUAAAAACUUUAUGUGAAUCUUGACCAGUAACAUACCUACAAAAGUAUUACUAAAGAGAUUCAUUCGAAUGGUCACGAAAACUCAAAGAGACUCAAAAAUUAGAAGUACGGUUGAACCUAGGCCUCCAUUAAGCAACCAUGUAUUAAGCAGCCACUGUCUAUUAACCAGCAAGUAACCAAAGUCCCAAAAUAAUAGUAGGAAAGAAUGGGGAAUUAAACCUCAAUUAAGCGGCUGCAGCCAUCCUUUUGGCCAUCCCAACAAGCAGUUUUUCCAUUAUUUUCACCUCCAUUAGGCGGCCAUAAAGCGCUUGAUACACUUAGUUUGGCUUCAUUGUAAUAUAUGAUGAAUAAAAAUAAAGUCUUAGAAGGUGAUGACCAAUUGUGGAGCAGUGAUGUUCCUCUCAUUGCAUAUUUGUUUCAAACUAAAGUAAUGUUUCUGCUAAAGAUUAUGCUAAUUUAUGACAAACCUCUAUUGUGUGGCCAACCUCAGUUAAGCAGCCACUUACUGGUACUGGGGGGGGGGGGGGGUGGCCGCUUAAUGGGGGUUCAACUGUACAUUAAGGACCUGUUUACAUGGGGGUGGGGGACCCCAGACAUGUGAGGUAACAUGCGGCGGGUCACCCCACCUAUCAUGUAAGCGUCAUCAAAUUAAAAUGAGAGAUUAUGUGGACAGGCGGGUUAUCCACCAAAGCUGGUUACCUCACCUACCUGGGGUCCCCCACCUCCAUGUAAACAGGCCCUAAUUUUUGGUUACUUUUGUUUAUAUUUGCUUAGGGCUAAUGUUCAGUUUUAGUUGUAAAAAAUUAAUUUUCUGUCUCUAUUUAGGCCAGUGUAGCCAGUAAAGUUGCCCGCAAAGUAUCAUUGGGGUGGUGGAGAGGGCCUGCUAAUGUGGAAUUUAUUAAGAUGAAAGGCCCUGGUGGUAAAGGACAUGCAGAGAUGGCAAUCACUCAACAGAGGACUGUGGAUGAUAGGACUAGCUUAGAAGAAAUGGAAAAUAAUGACUGGUACAGUAAUGCUCAAACCAUAAAUGUAUUACUGACAUGAACUUUAAGACAAAUUUAGUUGUCACUCCAUUCUAAGUUGGUUAUCAUAUGCAAAAUUUAUGGUAGUUGAAGAAGUGCUUGGAAAUUAACCUUAACAGACUUAUCAUGCCUUAGCAGACAGCCAGGACAGUGUUAACAAUGAUAUAAUAGUAAUGUGGCCUGAUAGACAGUGUACAUCAAAAUGAAAGAACUUUUGAUCAGCUAUGUUAUACAAGUGCCCUCACCCACUGAUUGAUGUGAUUUUGUUUGUUUGCAGGAGAACAUGUGCUGCCUGUGGAGAGAGAAUGGCAGCAUCAUCUUCACCGACUCAGACAGACGUGCCUGAAAUUCCAGAUGAAAAAUGCUAUUGUGGGGUCGAAAUAAAAGGUGUUGACCCCAGAUGGACAAGGAGUUGUGAUGGCAUAAAAAGAAACCCUGAUUGCAGUUCAGACAAAAGGAAGAAAGGUUCUUAUUUUUAAAACAGAAACAUUAUUUAUUUUAACCAACUUCAAUGCAGUUUUCAAUGCUUGCCAAGCAUGAUAUCGAAACGUUUUUUGCUUUAAACAGCAUCAAGAAGGCUUAUAGCCCAGGUUAGAAAACAAAUCUUAAGGUCCAAUGAUUUUAGACUUUGUUUACUGAAACUAUGGAUCAGUCCUUUAAAUGAAGUUACUUAGACUGCAGUUUUAGGUAAUCAAUGGACAUUCAAAUUUAUUUGUUAUCUUAAGCAGAAAAAUGCUGCUCUAUUCUGCUCUAUUCUCUUGACUAUGCCAACUCUUGUGGUCAGCAUUACAUUCACCCUGUCUUAUCCAACUUACUUAUAAUCUUUCAGGCAAUCCUGUAGUAAUUUUUUUAAUGAAGCCAACAUUAACAAGAAAAAUUAAGAGUAAUCUUAUUUGACAUUUCAAUGUUUCCAACGUCAUUAUCAGGGAUAAAAAGUUGUUGAAUGUCAAAAGUUGUUACAAGAGUUUAGUUUUGAAAAAUAAUAGAAAUAAUAAUAAUAAUGAUAAUGUUUAUUGAUAAUAGAGUAUUGAAAUUCCUGUCUUGUUUUUAUUUAUCAUCAGGAUUGUCAUCUUCACAACACUGGAUGAAAUUCAGGUGCGUUAUUUUAUAAUAAUAUUCUUUCCUACUUUCUUAACCUUUUUACUGAUUUUUGGGACUGAAUAAUAUAAUUAUAUAUUUUGUUAUCACACAGAAAAAAACCUUUAAGCAGUCUUGCACUAUCUGCUUACCUAACCUAUGUUACCCUCCCAUGGAACAAAAUUAUGAAAGGUGAGUUCAGAAGCUAUCACCAAGUACUUGUCAACAGUUUAGGGAUGCAUACCAUAAGACAGAACUACCCAACCAGACAAGUCAUCUUGAAAAAGACAAAGCCUUUUUAAGAGUUUUCGCUAAAAACUUGAUGACAUGCUGUGCAUAGUAUCAUGAGAAUCUAAUAGAGGCUGGACAGUUCUAACUAACAGUGGAAUUUUCUUUAUCAGUGGGCUGGUCAGUUCUGAUUAAUGUUAAGCACCCUAGGUAAAUAUGUACAUUUGGGUGUCACUUUGUCAAAUAUUUAGCUAGGAAAGGCACAGUCUUAGUAAAAAUUAAAGAUGACAUUCUCCCAUACAUAAAAUUUCAUAAUGACAAAUUAUAUCAAUAAUAUUUUAUAGGCAAAGUUAGAAUGAAUCAUAAAACAUCUAUGUACUGCGUGAUUCAUACAAUACCUACUGACAGUGGUUUUCAGAUUAUCAUGUGUUAGAGUUAUUUAAAAGCAAACAAAAUUGUUUUCUUACCUAAUUACACUUUGGGUGAUCCAAACUAGUCAAAAGUUUACUCUUCCUCCCCAUUCUUAUUUACAAAGACAAGUAAACGUCAUCAGAACAGGCCUGUGCUUAAUAUGCAUAUCUUACAGUUAGAUUCAAAGUUAUCUGCAAGUUGAAUAAACAUGUGAUCCUUUGUAUUAGCAAUUUCGCUUUCAAGCACUUAGACAAAUAUUAGAAAAUAAUCUAUGUUCUGAUGAGUGCUUGGGGUGGGGGGGGGUGGGGUGGGGGGGGAUGGUAAUCCCCAUGUCCCUCCGUGGUGGAUUUGUCUCUGACUUCAAUGCAUAUUGUAACAACUCAGAACAGAGACUGCCUACCUACUCAUCUGAAGUACGGAGGAGAAGGAGUCUUUAUUAGAAGAGAAAUUUUACUUCGUCUCCGAUAUUUUUUAUCGAAUGAAGAAAAAAGUUGGUUUGUUAUUUUUCAAAGCGCUUAUUUAAAAAAAUGUAGGCCAUGAUGUACAUGUAAAAAACUUGAUUUGUCAGUUUACCCUGUAUUAAUCUGAAUUUUUUUUCUUGGCAGAUAUCUUGGAAGUGAGACAACCUCCCAUUUUAUCUUAG